UAGAUAAACAUUCUUGCCCUUGAACUCAAAUCACAAGGCUUUGCCAGCAACGGUUUUGACUGGAAAUUCAGGUGGCAGAAGCUCCAUGUCUCACUUCCAUCCCUCAAAAGCUGUGUUAUUAUUGCAUGUCAUUGCUUUGUUCGUUGUUUCAAAUUCGGCCUAUGCUUCAAGCCUUAAUAAUGGCACAAAAGGACACACAAAAAACAGAGAUGAGGUAAUAUUUGCCCAUAAUGGAGCUGUUGCCACUGAUGAUGGUAGAUGUUCGAGGAUUGGGAUGGAUGUUCUGCGUGAAGGAGGGCAUGCUGUGGAUGCAGCUGUGGCUGCUGCUCUGUGUGUGGGUGUUGUGAGUCCAGCUUCAAGUGGCCUUGGUGGUGGAGCCUUCAUGCUUCUCAGGUUAGCUAAUGGUGUGGCAAAGGCCUUUGAUAUGAGAGAAACUGCUCCUGCUCUUGCUUCCAAGAAUAUGUAUGCUAGUAACACUACUUUGAAGGCCAUAGGGAGCCUCUCUGUGGCAGUCCCUGGGGAACUUGCUGGGCUUCAUGAGGCGUGGAAACAACAUGGGAAGCUUCCAUGGAAAAGACUUGUAAAGCCAGCUGAGAUUCUUGCACGUGGAGGAUUUAAGAUAUCUCCAUUCCUCCACAUGCAAAUGGAACGAACAGAGUCAGAUAUAUUGAAUGAUCAGGGUCUUCGUAGUGUAUUUGCACCAAAUGGAGAAAUAUUGAAGAUAGGUGACAUAUGCUACAAUAAGAAACUAGCUGACACUCUCAGAACAAUAUCCAUGUUUAGUCCACAAGCCUUCUACGAUGGGUUGAUUGGCCUUAAUUUAGUUAAAGAUGUUCAGAAUGCUGGAGGAAUAUUGACUAUGAAAGACCUCAAAAGUUACAAUGUUAAGCAGAAGGAACCAAUAUCUAUAGAUGUUCUUGGACUAAAGAUCCUUGGCAUGCCUCCUCCUUCAGGUGGGUCUUCAAUGAUGCUACUGCUGAAUAUUCUAGAUCAAUAUGAGCUCCCUUCAGGACUUUCUGGUGCCCUUGGAGUUCAUCGAGAAAUUGAAGCUUUGAAACAUGUGUUUGCUGUGAGAAUGAAUCUUGGUGAUCCUGAUUUUGUAAAUGUAACUGGGGUUCUUUCUGAUAUGCUAUCUCGUAGGUUUGCUAAAAUAUUGAAAAACGACAUCAGUGAUAAUAAGACUUUUGGCCCCAGUCAUUAUGGUGGCAGGUGGAAUCAAAUCCAUGAUCAUGGUACAAGUCAUAUAAGCGUAAUAGAUCAUGAGCGAAAUGCCAUUUCCAUGACUACCACAGUAAAUGCAUAUUUUGGUUCAAAGAUCCUUUCACCAAGCACAGGAAUAGUAUUGAACAAUGAGAUGGAUGAUUUUUCCAUGCCUAAAAAUGUUUCCAAAGAUGUUCCACCACCAGCUCCUGCCAAUUUCAUCAUGCCAGGGAAGCGGCCACUAUCAUCUAUGUCACCCACUAUUGCCCUUAAGGAUGGGAAACUGAAAGCUGUAGUAGGUGCAAGUGGAGGAGCUAUGAUCAUUGCUGGGACUUCAGAGGUUCUUUUGAAUCACUUUAUCAAAGGAAUGGAUCCUUUUUCUUCUGUAACGGCUCCAAGAGUCUACCAUCAGCUAAUACCGAAUGUGGUUAAUUAUGAGAAUUGGACAACUGUUAUCGGUGACCAUUUUGAACUUCCUGCUGAUAUCAGGGAAGCCCUUAGAAGUAAGGGUCAUGUCCUACAGGGCCUAGCUGGUGGGACUAUUUGCCAAUUUAUUGUUGUAGACAUUUUUAAGCCUUCCAGAAAAAAUAAAGGGACUGCAAAUGGAAAGCUUGUGGCAGUGAGUGAUCCAAGAAAGGGUGGUUUUCCUGCAGGCUUUUGAGAUAAAUUAGUAAUUCAUUGAUAUUGUUACCACUUCAUUUCAUAUCUACAAGUUUUCUCUUUUUUAUGCCUCUUCUACUUGUGCAACUGGUAGUUGUAUGUUUAAUAAUGGGAAUAAAAAUCCAAAAUUUUGCUUCUGG